AGCGACGACACCGAAAGCGACACCAAAGGAAGAACGACACAACACCGAAACGACAAAAGCCUAUACUAAAGAAAAAACGACACCGAAAAGAAAGACUCACUACGAAAUUCCACACCGAAGUGACUAA